AUGGAGCCCUCACCAAAACCUCAUCAAUGGAGUUUUUCUGAGGAAACCAAAAUGGUUGAAAACCCUUUAACCGCUGAUGAAGCUUACCAUCACAAUUUGCCUUCCCUCCAACAAGGAAUCAACCUCGUAGGCCAGCAAGUCACCCCUGUCGCAGAUCCAGCUGAUGGUGAUAACGAGGAGGAGCAUGUGUUCGAUGACGACAAGGAUGAUUCGGACUAUGUACUGGGAGAUGGCGAAGGAUCUUCGUCAUUAACCAGAGGUAGAGGUCGUGGUAGAGGAAGAGGCCGAGGUCGAGGCCGAGGCCGUAGCCGUGGCAGGGGAAGAGGGAGAGCAAAUGACAGUAGCCCCAAACCUAAGCGUGGUCCUAAUCAAAAGUCAGUUCCCUGGAGUGAACAAGAACAUCGUCUUUUUUUAAUGGGGUUGGAAAUAUAUGGAAGAGGACACUGGAAGAACAUAUCAAAUCAGCUAGUGAAAACCAGGACCCCGAUUCAGGUGGGAAGCCAUGCCCAGAAAUUCUUUAAGCGACAGAGAAGUGCCGCCCCCAGGAGACACCGUCGCUAUAGCGUUCACGACACUCGGACCAUUACUAAUAACAAUAAUGUCCCAAACAGUUUUCCUUCUCCUGAAGAUCAGGAUCAUCACCACUCCCAAAACACGAUGCUUCCAGUUGCACCACCCCAAAACCCUCCUCCAUCCAUUACCAUGGGCAUGAUCAACGACGAAAUUGCUCCCAACAUUGGUGACGGUAAUCCGGUCCCCAAUCAGAGCGCGACAAUGGUCGCUAAUCCAAAUCCCGGCGACAACAAUAAUAACAAUGACAAUACUAAUGGUGGAGGGUUGAUUCACAACAAUGUUACUGGUGGUGAUCAUCAAAGUGUUGUGGAUGUGAACAAAGAUGUUGUGGGGCCCUGGCUGGCGCCUUAUGAAGAAGAUUUUAUCUUCUUUGAUGAUUUGGACUUUUGGCUUGAACGCCAAACAACACCAUUGAGUGUGAGAGGCGACGAGGAUGACAAUGACAGCAACAGCGGCGGUGGUGCCGGAGAAUAUGAGGGAAGAGUUUCCACGGCGGUGGAAACAUCAGGUAUGAACCUCGGUCAAGAUGUUCUAAGAAACAGGUUGACGCCGACGUGCGGCGGAGAAGCUCCGUCGCCGUCGGAGAUGAAUCUGGCAGCGGAGAGCCAGUUCAAGGGGGCCCAGGAGUUUAAGGGGUUUAAUCAAAGUCCAACAACAAGGCUAUCUGAUGUCAACAAUAAUCAGGUGGGUGUGGGACAGAACAAGGGAUGCCGUUGA